AGUCGUCCCAGGGCGCUCGACGGGGCACGCAGGCGAUCUGCGAUCUAGGUGGUAGAUCGCCCCACUCGUCGCCGUGACACGCGGUUAUUGUUCGCAGUCCUUUUCCUCUCUUUCUCUCUCUCUCUCUCUUUCUCCGUCUUGGGUUUAGGGUUUGCACAGUGAUCGCGGCGACGUCCACCCGUUAAAAACGUCGUCGAAUGAACAACCAGUCGCGUCUGGACGGGAAAGGAUUACGGAGUCACGUUUAAUUCAGUCAUUGUAUGUCUCAUCGGAUUUUCCUCGCGUUGAGAUUUUCGUUUAGGGUAGUUUCACGACGUUGACGGUCAAGCGUAGUGGUGGUGAAGGAGAAGCGGAGGGAGUAAUCUCGUCUUCGCGUCUCAGUGUCCGAAAGUGCGAUCCUCAGUGAGCCAUCGGAGUUAAGUCCGUCGUACCUCGACUCCGCGACCGUUUGUCCCUCUCAGUUUCCCAUCUCCAUCUGCAACACAUCUGUAAGUCGCGGCUUAUCGCGCCUGACUCUCGCGGGAGCAACACGGCCACAUUUAUGGGGGUGUCCGGCGAGUGCGCGAUCAAGGGCAGCAAAAGCACCCACCCCUGUCACUGCUGCGGCCACGGCAGCAGUUCCGGCGCGAGCGUGCAACAAUCGCAGCAACAACAGCAACAAUCCUGCGAGCCGUAUUACCACCACCACCAUCAACACCAUCAUCACCACCAUCAUCAUCACCAUCACGGCAAGCACGCACCGCCGAGCGCGUCGCCGCAGCACAACAACAGCGGCGACAACAACAUCCUGGCACCGUUGCGCAGCAAGAUGAAAGUGCUCAAAAAGCUCAAGCGCAAGAUGGGUCUAGCGCCCAGGUCCUCGAACGCGGGUACCAACAACCUGCCGCCGUUGACGUUUCACCACGUGCACGGUGACAACAUCAGGCUGUGCAACGGCGGUACGAUCGCCCGGAGGCACGAGAGCUUUUGCAAGGGCGUCACGUUUAGCGCCAGACCCGUGCGAGUGGGCGAAAAGGUCUGUGUGAAGUUCCUGGAGAUCUCCGACAAUUGGAGCGGCGUGAUCCGUUUCGGCUUCACCAGCAACGACCCGAUCAAUCUCCGGAGCGGUUUACCGAGGUACGCGUGUCCGGAUCUGACGAACAAGCCGGGCUACUGGGCUAAGGCGCUCGCCGAGAGGUUCGCGGAGAGGGAUACGGUGCUCUUCUACUACGUCACGUCGGCCGGUGACGUUCACUUCGGCGUCAAUGGCGAGGAGAAGGGUCUCUUCUUCAGCGGCGUCGAGACCCGGGGCCCGCUCUGGGCGAUCAUCGACGUCUACGGCAACAGCACCGCGAUCGAGUUCGUCGAUCCGAAUCGUCAGCACUUCAACAAUAUACGCAGAGGCGCCGAGCACAGCAACGAGGACAAUGCGCAGCACAGCAGGCACUCGGCCAUGGACGAUGCCAGCAACGCCGGCCGGGAUGUCGAAAGGAUCAUCGUACCGUCUAUGCAGAACAUGUCGAUUCAUCACGAGCCCGACGUGGAGCUACCCGGUCUUAGGUUUCAACCCCCGGGCGUCAUUUUCACGCCCCUGCCCUUCCACUCCACUCGGGGCAGGAACAUCCGCUUCAGUAACCAGCAGUGCGUGGCGACGCGCACGGACACGGAGUUCUGUCACGGCUACGCGUUCACGGGCCGGCCGUUGCUGUUGGGCGAGCGAUUGGUCGUGCAGAUCCUCUCGACGGAACCGAUGUACGUCGGCGCCCUCGCUCUGGGCCUGACCUCGUGCGAUCCGGCGCGACUCACGGCGGAGGACCUGCCGGACGACAGCGACCUGCUGUUAGAUCGUCCGGAGUACUGGGUGGUCUCCAAGGACGUAGCGUCGAGUCCGCAGCCCGGUGACGAGAUCGCCUUCACGGUCACGCAUUACGGCGAGGUGCAGAUGAGCAAGAACGGCGGCCCGCCCAACGUCGUCAUGCAUGUCGAUCAGAGCCUCCAACUGUGGGCGUUCGUGGACGCUUAUGGGAGCACUCAGCGUGUCAGAAUGUUGGCCAGUAGACCAACGUCGCCGCCCCGGCAACGUCAGAGCAAUCCCUCGCCUGCCAAUGUCCAGCAGCAACAGCAACAGCAGCAGCAGCAACAGCACUCGAAUCACAGCAACGCCGCUACGGAAUUGUCCAGAUUUUCCGAGAUGGUGCAAUUUAAGCCGGCGGUGGGUGGCGGAACGGUGCUCGUCGUAAAUCUACCACCCCAGGCCGGUUACCCGACGCCACCGCCGCCCACGCCACAACCGAUUUACGCUUCUGCGACGCAUAGGAAUUCGCCGGCGCAAUCGGUGCAUCUCUCCGCGGCAGCGGCAGCGGCAGCCGCGCCCGCGCCGGUACCGCAUCCCGGAUCCUCUAGGCAGUCCUCGCCGCCGUUGACCGGAACGAUGGCCAGCACCGGUUCGUCGACGUACGUCGAUCCAGUGACCUACCAGAGCUUGGACGGCACCCUGACGUCCGCGUCGUCGCGCGCGACCUCGUCCCAUUUGCAGCAGUGGAGCGAGGGCCUGCAGCCGACGCUGGCCGGUCAGCCGAGCGAGUGCUCCAUCUGCUACGAGCGCAACAUCGAUAGCGUGCUCUAUAUGUGCGGCCACAUGUGUAUGUGCUAUACAUGCGCGAUUCAACAGUGGCGCGGCAAGGGCGGCGGUCAUUGCCCACUUUGCCGGGCGCCGAUCCGCGACGUUAUCCGUAUCUAUCGGUCCUGAACAGUUCGGGACUGACCGAGAGAGGGACAGAGAGAGAGAGCGCGCGGACGUUUUCCCGGUUCCCAGCGCCGUCGUCGUCGUCGUCGUCACCGCGUCCAUUACCGUGCUUCCGUCGUCUUGGUUUCCUUCCGCGUCGAAUCCGCCGUGCUUCAUCGCCGUCGCGCUUCUCGCCCGUCUCAACAACUACCGGAACGAACGAACGAACAAACGCUAAGUCGAAGCGGAAUUUGCCACCUUCACACUGCCGUAUCUCUUUUUCUAUUGAAACGUGAGGCACGUUGUUCCGGCAAGUAAAACAAAUCGAUACACCGGGGAACGAGUCAUUUCCCGUGAGAUUUUCUCGGGAACUGCGAAACGCAGAGUUGCGCUGAAUCGAAUAUUUAACGCUAUUAAUGUUUAAGGCAGUUCGCGACGCGUUAGCGUGAUCGUAUCGCUGUCAAUUAACAUGUUAAUGGGUGGACCACGCACAAAGAAAGCAGAAGUGCUUUCGAAAUCGCGAUCACUGCCACUACUGUCGAUCGAGCGAGAACGCGGGGAUGAAUUGCCGCGGAUACGAGCAAGCGAGCGAGUGAGAAAGAUUGAGAGAGAACAAAAGAGAGAAUGUGAGAGAAUGAAAGCGAUGAAAAGUUGUAGUUGGUCGAGUUUGCUUGUACAUCGAUAUUCUGUCUGCCAAUCUGUAUUGUAAGUGAGCGAAACGUAAAUGACUGUGAAUCGUGCGAUUGCGUCAUCGACAAAAGAGAUCGAUCCUAGAUAUUUUCACAAACGACAUAAUCGUCAUUAUACCAUUACCAAUUACUACCGCUCUGAACUACCACUAUUACUAUUCUACCACUACUACUAUUGCUACUACUACUUACUACCGUACUACUCUUCCAAUCUUUAACUAUUAUUUUAUUAUUACUAUUAUUAUUAUUAAUAUUCUAUCGCUACUUUUAAUUAUAUUAUUAUUAGUUGUUCGUUCAUUGUAACUGUCCUUAAUUACUCGCGAGUAGCUUCGUUUUACCACGACCGCUAUUAUUUUUACGAUUUACCGAUUAUAGUGAUGGUUGGUGAAUUAACAUAGUCACUAUCUCGUAGCAUGAUUAUUAUUUAAUGGACCGUUUGAUUACAUAGCGCAAACUUUCCGAUCAGACGCCUAGAAUAUCUGGAUAGCAUUCGCGUCUCCGACCCCAUUUAUAUGGGUGAUCGAAAAGACCUCGUCGUCUUGUACCCUUGCCACGACGAGAGCGUGAUGGACUCGAGGUCCAACGUUGUUCAUCCUCCUCGAUUAUUUUCGCCUUAAACGAUAAUGUUUGAGCGUCCGUGAUCAUCGCCGAUCGUGUCAGGCGGGGUUUUACCAAAGAUCCUAAGCAUUUCCCGCCUGUUUUACCCGGCCUUCUCGACACUCCAACGGGCAUUCGUGCGUGCAGGCAAAUCCUAACAAUGACAAUCGCUUCAAUCUAGCUAACAAUAUUCGUUUUGCUAAUAACGUCACCGCGCUCGAAUUUUCAGCGUUUCGUAACACGAAUAUCGUUUGUACGCGGAUUGAUUAUAGGCCUGACGACGAUCAGUAAGAGAAUUUUUGGCCUUCGCGCAGCGAUUCUGCAGGUCCACAAGACGCUACGAAGCACUGUAAAAUUGACUUGAAAGUUGAUUGCGAACUAACACAGCGAAGCCUUUUUUCGAAUACUUUUCUAAUUCGACGGAGUUUGGAACUGUCAAGAAUUUACAUUUGUUCUGAACUCUGCCGCGUGGCUUUACCUUCGGCGAUUCGCGUUGACCCUUUGGACGUGAAAAGAGAUGAAAACACGAUGUGGCAUUGAUUUCAUUGAUCCUCGGACGACUUGAAAAUUUCUGUUAAUCUUGGAAACGGUGUCUUGCGCGUCCGGUGUGUCUCAUCGCGCGCUUGUAAAGUUUUUCAUCUCGACAAGAAAUUGUUCUAGGCGAAGUUUACCUCUGAAUAUCUUUGUAAAUCCAUGUCCUUUGACCAGUUACGAACGAGAACGACGUUGUGUCCUCGUUAGUUGAUACUGAUAGAGAAUUGUCGGUGUUUUAAUUUGCGAUUUGCCUCUCUAGAGGAGAGGGAGACAAAUUUUUCACAGUCCAGAGACAACUUGAAACGACGAAACGACUUUCGAGCCAAAGGGGACGACGUGUUUGGCCCUUUAAAGAGUUACUUUUUAACGAAUACUAGAGAAGCGAGGAGGAAGAAGACCUCUCCCCUUCGAAUAUAUGAUAACGGAUGCGCAAUAAAGCGGUAGUGAAAAUCUCUAGUCCAGCGAGCGGCGGACUUAGUCUGCCAAUCCAAAAAGUAUGAUGAAAAGAACGAGAUAAAAAGCUUUUUCCCUUUUUUUUCUCUAAGUAAACGGAAGAGGGAGAAUAGGUAGAUACAGGAAGAGAAAGAGAGAAAGAGAGACACCGAGAAGUUUUAUAGAUACGAAGAUAUGCAAAUUAUUACGCGUGUCUGCCAGCGAACGGCGCGUCCAAGAUUCUAUUAAAAAGAAUAUAACAAUAGAUUAUUAUUAUUCUAUUGAUACGAUACGAUAAAGAACUGUUCCAAAAUGUCGCCGACGAUGCGACGAUAGAGCGAAAGGUGGAGAGAGAGAGAGAUAGGGUAAGAGUUAUGCUUGAUAAUGAUUACGACGAAUGUUUAUCACUAUUGUCAUCGUUAUCGCUGUAAUUAACGUGAUUAGUUGUCGUGUUAUUCUGUCGUCAGCUUGGCAGCAUCUCUAUCAUCGCUCUACGUUUUUACUUUGAUUUACUAUCGUCCUUAUUAUUAUUGUACGAUUAUGCGACUAACGACUAUUUAAUUCGGUAUUACUUCCCGAGCUUAAUGUCCACGAGAAAGGGAAAGUACAUUUAUUUCUUUUAUUUCUUUGCAAUAUUUUGUUUUAAAUUUCCCACGUGUCAACGUAACACGCACAAAUACAGAACGUUCACGUUUUUUACACCACACUUUACUACGAAAAAAGGGGGGGGAUAAAAGUUUUACGCGCUAUGCGAGAGUUUCUGCGACCGUAAUGUAAAGAUGCCGACGGAAAUUUAUACAUAUGUAAUAUAAUUCGCGCAGCCACGUGCUGUUCCAACAAUAAAAAGCCUAUAAUAUCUAUAAAGGG